AAGGCGCACCCUGAGCCUGAGGUAGAAUAGAUAUUUUUUGUAUCCAUCCAUCCCAAAAUUGAAGGCGUUUCUUUUGCUGUCGUUUAGGGUUUCUCAUUCUUCGUCUAACAUUCUCUCUUCCUUUCUCCAUUUUCAGGGUUUUACUCUUUCAUUUCAACACAGGUUUUGAUACUAUGCGAUCUUCAUGGGCUGAUUUGGCUGCAAAUUCCGCGGCCGAGAAUGCACCAACACCACCACCUUCUGCUGCUGCUGCUGUUGCUAACAAUGCUGCCAACACUCGUCCUGUUUACGUUCCUCCUCAUCUAAGGAACCGUGGACCUUCAGCACCUGCACCAGCAGCACCUGCUUUCGAUAACUCCGGAUCGCGUUGGGCACCUCCCCCUAGGAACGAUUAUCGCGGUGGUGGUGGAGGUCGAGGUGGCGGUGGUUAUGGGAACAGAGGUGGUGGUGGUUGGGAUCGUCGUGAAGCAAAUCCAUUUGCAGAUCAGGAUGAUUCUGAGGAGCCUGUUACUCAAGAGGAGCAGGAGAAUACAGGGAUAAACUUUGAUGCUUAUGAGGAUAUUCCGGUGGAGACGAGCGGUGGAAAUGUUCCUCCGCCGGUUAAUACUUUUGCUGAGAUUGAUUUGGGGGAGGCGCUUAAUCAGAAUAUAAGGCGUUGUAAGUAUGUGAAGCCGACACCUGUUCAGCGGCAUGCAAUUCCGAUUUCCCUUGGUGGAAGGGAUUUGAUGGCUUGUGCGCAGACCGGUUCAGGAAAGACUGCGGCUUUCUGUUUUCCGAUAAUCAGUGGAAUUAUGACGGGACAGCCUGCGCAGAGGCCGCCUCGUGGGGUGCGUACCGUGUGUCCGCUUGCUCUUGUUCUCUCGCCAACUAGGGAGCUAUCCAUGCAGAUACACGAAGAGGCUAGGAAGUUUUCAUACCAGACAGGGGUUAGGGUGGUUGUUGCUUACGGUGGUGCUCCAAUAAACCAGCAGCUACGAGAGCUUGAGAGAGGAGUGGACAUUCUUGUCGCAACUCCAGGAAGGCUGGUUGAUUUGUUGGAAAGAGCCAGAGUUUCACUGUCGAUGAUUCGGUAUCUGGCCUUAGAUGAGGCAGAUAGGAUGCUUGAUAUGGGUUUUGAGCCACAGAUUAGAAAGAUUGUUGAACAAAUGGACAUGCCUCCGGCAGGUGUCAGACAAACUAUGUUGUUCAGUGCCACUUUUCCGAAAGAGAUACAGAGACUAGCCUCUGAUUUCCUUUCAAAUUAUAUUUUUCUGGCUGUUGGAAGAGUGGGAUCAAGUACCGAUUUAAUUGACCAAAGAGUUGAGUACGUUCAAGAGUCUGACAAGAGAAGCCAUCUCAUGGACCUUCUUCAUGCACAAAGAGCAAAUGGCGUACAAGGAAAGCAAGCUUUGACUUUAGUUUUUGUGGAGACAAAGAAGGGAGCUGAUGCGCUAGAACACUGGUUGUGUCUUAAUAAUUUCCCAGCAACUACUAUUCAUGGUGACAGGUCUCAACAGGAAAGAGAGGCAGCAUUAAGAUCAUUUAAAAGUGGCAACACCCCCAUAUUGGUUGCUACUGAUGUGGCUGCACGUGGUCUUGACAUACCACAUGUUGCACAUGUAGUUAACUUUGACCUUCCCAAUGACAUUGAUGAUUAUGUACACCGUAUUGGAAGGACAGGGAGAGCAGGAAAGAAAGGUCUUGCAACUGCAUUCUUUAAUGAAAACAAUACAUCUAUGGCAAGAUCUCUACAAGAUUUGAUGCAAGAAGCAAAUCAAGAAGUACCUGCUUGGCUCUCGCGGUUCGCUGCACGUUCAUCCUUUGGUGGAGGAAAGAACCGUCGUUCAGGUGGAGGCCGAUUUGGUGGCCGCGACUUUCGAAGAGAAGGUUCUUUUAGUAGGGGUGGUUCUGAUUACCAUGGUGCAGGAAAUAGUGGCGGUGGAUACGGGGCUUCUGGUGGAUAUGGUGGAGGAGGAUAUGGUGGUGGGUAUGCAGGAAAUAGCGCCGGUCCUGGGGUGACUAGUGCAUGGGACUGAUUUUUCAACUUUUGAUAGCAUUAUAUACUGUCUUAGGUAUUAGGUGUGAGAACAUACACCACACCUAUAGAAUUUAUUUUUUCUCCCUUUCUCUCUUUAUUUGAAGUUUAUUUUCAUUUACUUUUUCCCUCCUAGUGUUUUCAAGCCAACAUCAUUACUUAUGGUUUACAACACUAAUCGCCAAGGGACAUGUGGGUGUGUAUGUGGUAUUAUUACCACUCGAAUAGAAGUUGUGUAGUGUUAGCAGGUGUUGGCAAUGGUGAUUACUAACAUAUUAGGAGUUUCUUUUUUGACAGCUUUCUGUAACCAACAUUUUCGGUGGUUAUUUCGGGGAGAUGUAGAAUAUGUGGUGAGGGGUUGAUUGAGGCUUUUCAUUACAGUCGUAUCUGUUUCUCUUUAUCACGUUUCUACUAAAUAUAUUGUUGUCAUUUUAACAUUCCCUACAUGGAUGGGUAAGGUUUUGUAAUAGUUAGUGGUGUCAAAUGAAUGAAAAAGUUCUCUUGCUGGAUGUUUGUAUU